CACACACAAACAUCUCUUGCUUUUUCUCCCAAAGGCAGUUAUUCCCUUUCCUGAAGAAGAAAAGAAAUAUAUGCAUACAUAAAAUUGGAGAUACAUGAUGGAGCACUGGCGCUCCUUGAUCAUUCUGUCCCUAUUUGGUCCAUUGUUGAAAAUGUGGGGAUCAAUGGCUGUACCUGAUUCCAGACCCAAUGUGCUACUGAUAAUGGCAGAUGAUCUAGGAAUUGGUGACUUGGGAUGCUUUGGCAAUGUUACACUUAGGACUCCUAAUAUUGACCGCCUCUGCAAAGAAGGUGUCAAACUCACUCAGCAUAUUUCUGCAGAAGCAAUGUGUAGCCCCAGCAGAGCAGCUUUCCUCACAGGCAGAUACCCAGUCCGAACAGGAAUGGUCUCUAGAAAUGUCAUUCGUGCCCGUAGUGUCUUCAACUCACUUGGAGUCAAUGGAGGGCUCCCUCGGAAUGAAACCACUUUUGCAGCCACCCUAAAGCAGCACGGUUAUAGCACAGCGCUGAUAGGUAAAUGGCAUCAAGGUUUGAAUUGUAAAUACCGAAGUGACCACUGCCAUCAUCCUAGCCACUAUGGCUUUGACUAUUUCUAUGGUGUGCCACACACUCUUGCUUCCAGUUGUUUGCCAGAUCCCACCCGUGAAACAGAAUUAGCCAUAGCAAGUAAACUUUGGUUUUGCAUGGAGCUAAUCAUCAUUGCUGUGAUUACACUGACCGUGGGAAAACUAACUCAUUUGGUCUCCGUACCCUGGUUGUUUAUUAUCUGCAUUAUUUUAUUCGGCUUCCUUGUGGCCUUUUCUUGGUUCUACAGUUUCCAAAAUUCUAUAUUUUGGAAUUGCAUUCUCAUGAGACAACAUGAAAUUACAGAGCAACCCAUGAAGGCAGAAAGAGCUGGCUUAAUUAUGAUGAAGGAGGCAGUUUCUUUUAUUGAAAGAAACAAAGAUAGACCUUUCCUCCUAUUUUAUAGUCUUUUACAUGUCCAUGUACCUCUUCCAACAACAAAUAAGUUUAUUGGAAGUAGCAAGCAUAGCUUUUAUGGAGACUUUGUAGAAGAGAUGGACUUUCUGGUAGGCAAAGUUCUCGAUGCCAUUGAUGAAAAUGGUUUGAGAAACAACACAAUUGUCUACUUCGCCUCAGACCAUGGAGGACAUCUGGAAGUCUUUAGAGGAAGGGUUCAUGUAGGGGGCUACAAUGGAAUAUAUAAAGGUGGAAAAGCAAUGGCAGGCUGGGAAGGUGGAAUCCGAGUCCCAGGGAUUGUUAGGUGGCCAGGAAUGUUGUCAGCUGGAAAAGUUAUUGGGGAACCUACAAGUUUGAUGGACGUUUACCCAACUUUAGCUUCAGUAGUAGGAGCAACUUUACCACAAGAUAGAGUGAUUGAUGGACGAGAUCUAAUGCCCUUAUUGAAAGGAGAAGUUCAAAAGUCAGAGCAUGAAUUCUUGUACCACUACUGUGGCCCAUUUUUACAUGCUGUACGGUGGCAGCCCAGGAACAGUGAUGCUGUUUGGAAAGUCCAUUAUGUGACUCCAGUUUUCCAACCCAAAGGAGCAAUAGGUUGUUUUGAUAUAUUAUUUUGCCCAUGUGUAGGAGAAAAUGUUACACAUCAUGAUCCACCUUUGUUGUUUGAACUCUCAAGCGAUCCCUCUGAAUCUAAGCCCCUUUCCCCAGACAAUGAACCUUUCUAUGAUGUAGUGAUUAAGACAGUAGAAAAAGCAGUGAAGAAGCAUCAAAAGACACUCACACCUGUUCCAGAGCAACUUACUUUGUAUAAUGAGGAUCAUGUGUGGCUGAGGCCAUGCUGUGGUGUUUUCCCAUUCUGUCUGUGUGAUAAGGAAGUUGGAAAUUUUACUAUGUAA